AUGCAAUCGCACAGCUGGGAGACUUCGCUCGGUCCUCGAAGUUGUGACCGCCUCGAAACGAGUCCACGAGUUGCUCCGCCGGCUGUGACCGUCAGCAACGAUAGCAAGGACAGCAGCGAGGACAGCCUCAAGGACAGCAAGAACAACGAGGACCUGAGAAAAGUGAGGACACGUUCGAAAGCAGCAGUAACGCAUUACAAGUACAUCACGCCCAAGGGCUUCUUGACGGUCUGGCCCAUACGGUUUCGCGCGUUGCUUGAUGCUGUCGAAAGAAGACAACGGCGACCGAUGGACUCGGAGCCCACGAACCAUAACCACAAGAACCCGAGACUACCCCAGAGAACGCCGGCGACAGCGUUUGACUGCCAUUUUUGCAACGCCCGGAAAGCGGUCAAGGUGAAGGUGGACGAGAAAGCCGGCCGGGGCUCGCUUAAGUGCAAGAACUGCCAUAUCAAGUUCGCCUGUGCCGUCGACAACCUCUCAGCGGCUGUGGACGUGCACGCCGCAUGUGCCCCGGUUCCUGGGUCGAAAACGUCUGGGAUGGUUGCGCACACGUACACAUGUAUGGAAAUAGUGACUGAGGGACAGCGACUGACUGGGAGUUGGACGUACGAGAAGGUACCAGCUGCCACCGGUCGUUUGGUCGAUGAUCAGGCUCCCGGCGGCACCAGCGCAGCCUACCGUGCUGGAGUAAGGCACGGCGCUAAGGCAUCUGCCCCUAAUGCCAGGGCCGUGACGCCAAAGGCCACACAACAACCCGCAACAGCCUCCGGAGGCGGGGAUCGGCAUGUGCUGUUCGGCGGCAACGGCCUGGUCAACCUCGAGGUGGCCGCCGCGCACGGCGUGCCCUGCGUCGACGUCGACCUCAUGGGCCGCGCGUACCCGACCUACUGGCAGACGACUACUAAUGUCUAUGGCCCCCCAAGGGCGAGGCUCUCGUGCCUGCGACCAUCGCCAGCCGGACAGAUCGUCUAG